CGUACCGCUUCCAACGAUUGGUCUAUCCAAGUGAUUAGCGAUGGGUGAGAGGUUACAAGAUAGCUUAGCCGAGCAGCUGUGUUUUCUGAUGAAACUCUCGCUAUAGAUAUUACUGUCAUUAUAGUCGAUUCCGCCGCACCAAACGUACAUAUAUUUGGCGUCAUAACCUGCAAGAUAUUAGUAACAAAUCGUUUGCAAAGGCCGUUGAUGGCUAGCAACACCGGACACCUUUUUGUUUAGCUAGCCAGGUAGCUAGCUAGUUAGCAUGCUAAAUAUCCCUAUACUGUACUGUAGCUUAAAUUGUCAGCUGAUGUAUGCUAGCUCGAUGAGCCAUUCAGUUAUUGGAAUCUGAUCCUGAAGCUACAUUUUGUGUAUGAGUGUCCGUAAAUAUUCAUUUUCAUGGACCUUGGUUAGGUAGCCAGCCGGUGAAUGCGUGUCACUCUUUUUAACUCAAACUGGGACUACACACUGGAACUGAAUGUUUUGUGAUAGAAAUACCAUCAGUUAACUAACCGCUGGUAGUCACCUGGCUGAAAUGGAUUUUAAAGGUUCGAAUACGACAAGACUGCUUUGGCUUCUGAUUAUUUUCUCCAUAGUCGUUUCAAAAGUAGUGACAGCUGAUGAAGAGGCCGAAGGCAAUGACACUCCAGAGCUAAAGUCCUACCAUGACCCAAGCUCUGAUGAAGAUGACGUUCCCGUGGGGUCAAGAAUUGUAGCAGGCAUGGUGACGUCCCCCAGCAAGGCCUCUCAGCCCGAAGUAGAGACGAAGCCUGACAGUGGGGCUGAAGACGGCCUUCUAGAAGGGGAGGAGAAGGAAGACCUGCCCACCCAGCCUCCUCCUAUCGAACAGAAGCCUAAAGAAAUUCCAGUUGUGGUUGGGGGCACAGCCAAUGGAGAGCCCUGCCUCUUCCCCUUCCUCUUCCAGGGUAACGACUACAUGGACUGUACCACAGAGGGCCGGGAGGACGGUCGACUGUGGUGCGCCACCACUUACGAUUAUGACAGGGACAAGAGAUGGGGCUUCUGUGAAACUGAGGAGCAGGCAGAGCUGAGGCGCCAGGCGGAGGAAGCAGAAGAACAGUACCAGGCAGCCCUGCGCAUGAUCAACUCCACCACCAGGAAGAGCCAGAAGAAAGAAUUGUACGAGAAGCUUCUGAAGGUGGCUGCGAAGGGCCACCACAAAGCCAUGGAGAAGGUGGCCCACGCCAUGCUGUUUGGAGACUACCUGCCCCAGGACAUCCCCAAAGCCAAGGAGCUGUUUGAGAAGCUGGCGCUGGAGGGCUUCCCAAAGUCUCAGACGGCACUUGGCUUCCUGUAUGCUGCGGGGUUAGGAGUGAACUCGAGCCAAGCCAAGGCGUUGGUUUACUAUACUUUUGGGGCCUUGGGUGGCAACCUGGUAGCCCACAUGAUUCUGGGGUACCGAUACUGGGGAGGCGUGGGUGUGCCUCAGAGCUGCGAAUCAGCGUUGACACAUUACCGCCUGGUGGCCAAUAACGUGGCCAGCGACGUGUCCCUGACGGGGGGCAGCGCGGUCCAGAGGGUGCGGCUGCUGGACGAGGUGGAGAACCCCGGCUCCACCAGCGGCAUGCUGGAGGAGGACCUCAUCCAGUACUACCAGUUCCUGGCAGAGAAGGGCGACGUCCAGGCCCAGGUGGGACUGGGCCAGCUCCACCUGCAUGGGGGCCGCGGGGUGGAGCAGAAUCACCAGCGGGCCUACGACUACUUCAACCAGGCGGCGAACGCGGGGAACACUCACGCCAUGGCCUUCCUGGGGAAGAUGUACUCUGAGGGCAGCGAGUUUGUGCCCCAGAACAACGAAACGGCGCUGCAGUACUUCAAGAAGGCCUCAGAUCUGGGGAAUCCUGUUGGGCAGAGUGGGCUGGGCAUGGCGUACCUGUACGGUAGAGGUGUCCCUGUGAACUACGACCUAGCUCUGAAGUACUUCCAGAAGGCAGCGGAGCAGGGCUGGGUGGACGGCCAGCUUCAGCUUGGCACCAUGUACUACAACGGCAUCGGGGUGAAGCGCGACUACAAACAGGCCCUCAAGUUCUUCAACCUGGCGUCGCAGGCGGGCCACAUCCUGGCCAUCUACAACCUGGCCCAGAUGCACGCCACGGGCACCGGAGUCCUGCGCUCCUGCCACACCGCCGUGGAGUUCUUCAAGAGCGUGUGCGAGCGCGGCCGCUGGUCGGAGAGGCUCAUGGCGGCCUACAGCAGCUUCAAAGACGGCGACAUGGACGCGGCGCUCGUGCAGUACCUGCUGCUGGCCGAGCAAGGCUUCGAGGUCGCCCAGAGCAACGUGGCCUUCAUCCUGGACCAGACAGAAGAGGCGCGCAUCUUCAGCGAGAACGAGACCUACCCCCGAGCCCUCCUCCAAUGGACCAGGGCUGCAGCGCAGGGCUACACCGUGGCUAGGAUCAAGAUGGGGGACUACCACUUCUAUGGCUACGGGACGGAUGUGGACUACGAGACGGCUGUGAUCCACUACAGGCUGGCCUCGGAGCAGCAGCAUGGCGCCCAGGCCCUGUUCAACCUGGGCUACAUGCAUGAGAAAGGCCUGGGGAUCAAACAGGACAUCCAUCUAGCCAAGCGCUUCUACGACAUGGCUGCCGAGGCCAGCCCCGAUGCCCAGGUGCCCGUCUUCCUGGCCCUGUGCAAGCUGGCUCUGGUAUACACCCUGCAGUACAUACAGGACCUCAACGUAAACGAGCUCAUCACCCAGGUGGAUCUGGACCAGCUCCUCGGCCCAGAAUGGGACCUCUACCUCAUGACUGUCAUCGCCCUGCUGCUGGGCACAGUCAUCGCGUACCGCCAAAGGCAGCACCAGGCUGUGCUGCCCCCCAGGCCCCCCCCUACCCCAGCCCCGGCACCCCACGCCAGGCCAACCGAAGAGCAGGUGCAGCCUCAACCCGAAACCCCGGCUCAGCCCGAGCCCCAAGACCAGGAACAGGCCGCGGCAGACGCCGAGCCAGAACAGCAACAGUGAGAGCCGGAUUGGAGAACAAGAGGGAGAGAGAGAGAGAGAGAGAGAGAGAGAGAGAGAGAGAGAGAGAGAGAGAGAGAGAAGGAGAGGAGGGUAUUGGGUAUUGAAAGACAAUGAUGUGCCCAAGACCAUUAUCUCCUAAACAGGGGGGGAAAAAAACAGGGAAGCUACCAGCUAAAUAGCUACGAGGCUAGCUAGCUGGUAUGUUGAGCAUAACUGCCUACCCACUCUCUCCUGUCCUGCAUGCAGAAAAGACAAUUUACUCUACUCACCCCCCUCCCAAUUUUCUGACCUAUGUGUGAAGGAAAAGGAUAAGGGGAGGUCUGUUGACAGUUAUAGAGAAUUGAAGUUCAAUAGAGGACAAUGCAGACUGGGGACUUCUUGGUUUGUGACUCAGGGUACCGUCAGAGGAAUUUCUCGUCUCAUCUAAGGAAUUUGCCACGGGGUUGCCACAUUGAAGAUGAUUUUGAAAAUUCAUUGUUUUACCUGCAAAUGAAACAACAAACGCUAUGGGAUCUAGUAGUUGGUCUGUGUUCAGAUCCAUUUCUUUUGUUUUGUAUUUUUUGCUAUUUUGUUUGACUUUUUGAUUUUGACUGGCACGUGUUUAGGCUGUCUUGUUAGCUAUGCUUCCAAUUUUUAUUUACAGUAAAGAAUAACUAAGACCAAUAACAUUUUGCAUCAAGAAACUGAAACAACAGUCCAGAUAUGAAGACAGUUUGUUGGCGUUGACUAAAAUGAGCAUCUCUAUGCUAUAUGGCAAUGGAAAAGUUAUGAUAUUUAAUUAAUUCUGGUCAUAAACAUAAUUCCUAAUCAAGCCAAGCUGAUUAUUUUGCUUGUUUUCAUCUGAUUGUUUGUUUCCAAACGAAUUUUAUAUUAGCUGCUUUCUUAACGUUUUCCUUAAAUGUUUUCCUGAAACACAAACAUGAGUUGAUGACUAUGCUGUGUUUAUAACCUGCUAACAGGUUGCUUAUGAGUCUCCAAAUAUUAAUAGUAAUAAUCUCAAACAUUGUUGGUAUAAGAAUACUUUUUUGAACAGUGCAACUUGUUUGUAGAGAGCAAAUCCAGGUCCCUUCAAGGACCCCAUAGCCUGCUAAUCUGACACACCUUAAACGGUGCAUACCUGAGUUGUUAGCGACCACACCUGGAAUUGGAAAUUGAUUUACUAACAGAUCAGUGAGCUAAACAUAGCUAUUGGGAUAAACUGUAGUCCUCUGAUUGGAGUUGUUAGUAAUUUGUUCAUUCACAGCCCAAACAGUGCAAAAUAAAUGUUUGUUCAACAAAUCUUUGAGUCUCAACACUGUGUACCUCGGUUUGGUAUCCCAGUGGAGCUUCAUGUCCUGUCAAAGUAAAUAAAUGAAAUAGGAGGUCCAAGAGUUGACGACAGCAGGAAGGGUUGAGUCAGUUAGGAUGUAUGUACCACUAAGAGUUUGGCCCUGGAUCAAUCGAGAUCUAGAUCUUCGAUGACAAUUUUAAUUAUUGUCUCAGAAAUAAUUAGAGCAUGGACGAAAAUCCAUGGUGUUGUGUCAUAUAAAGCACAAACGCAGACACACGCCUCGCCUAAAUGAGAGGCCGUCACGGUUUUCAGUUUGACUUUGUGUUCCGUUUUGGUUACAUUUUAAUUGUGUCCAGAACUUGCGUUCAGUCACUGCUUGUCAGAAGUUGGAUAUCUUAAACAUUAGUCAGUAGUUCAGAUGUCUAUGUAUUUGGUGGAAGGUGGGAAAUUAAAUCGAUUUGAAAUUGAAACAGAAAUGGACGUUCAUCAAACAUAAUAAAAAUGUUUGAAUUUGAAAGAUAUUGAUUAUCCCAUAGCUCUGACCAUCUUUCCUUUAGAGAUGCUUUGGAGGGCAUUCUUGACUUUCAUGUUGUACAGAGGAAGAUGCAAUUGUUUAUAGCAAUAUACCCAUGGGAAGUCAACAUGUAAAGAAACAUACAAUCUUUUCAAUACUAUGUGUAGCUGUUUUUUUUGUUUUACGGUUCUAAGAAAACCUGCCCAUUCAAUAUAAGAAUGAUGAGGAUUUAACUCCAUACUCUUUUUCUGUCUUUGAUGAAACACUGGUCAAAGUUGUCUGAAAUACUGCAUUUUUACCAUUGCGAUGUCAAUAGUUUAUUAAAUAAAUUCAUAAAGUGGUC